UUUUUCUACUUGUUCUAAUUUAAGGUGAAUUACUUUUUUUUUUUUUUCAAUUAUGAUUUUUAUAGUUGGAUCAAUUAGUUUUUGAUAUAUUUAUAUAAUUUUAGGAAUUUAAUUUAAAUAAUUAUUUGCUAGUUUAUUAUAAACUUUUAAAAUUAAUUAAAAAAUUUUUUUUUGAUUUUUAACUAGUACCUAAUUUUUUCUACAGAAAUAAUUUCGAUUUCGAUUGCCUAAAUGUGUGAUUUCGAUAAUUUUUUUUCAUUUUUUUUUUGACUUUUAACUAGUACCUAGUUUUUUCUACAAUAAUAAUUUCGAUUUCGAUUGUCUAAACGUGUGAUUUCGAUAAUUUUUUUUCAUUUUUUCUCUGACAAAUAAAUUCCGGAAUAAAAUAAAAACGAAAAAUUUGCGAAUCGAAAUUACAGCAUUUAAAAAUUUAGACAUUAAAAAUGUUUAAAAAAAUAUAAACAAUAACAACAACACGAUGAAAAAUUUUAGUUACAUUAAAAAUGACCGUUUGAACUUCAACAUGAGCCAAAAAAAAAAAACAGCAGCUACAACCAAUGACAAAAAAAAAAGAUUAAAAAUAAUAUUAGAAAAAAAAAUAAAAAAUUUCUUCUUUUAAAAUAAAAAACGUUGUUAAUGUUUUUUUAAAUUAUUAUGUAAUGUAAAUAGUUUAAGGUGGGGAUAGUGACGAAAAGAAUGACAAUAUGUCAAACGAAAUUUUUAAAGCAAAAUGAUGAUGCUUAAAAUACGCGCCAAGGAAACCGCAUUUUGGUUGCGUUGAAUUUUACCUGGCCGUGAUGAUGAAAAAAAAUAAAAAAUCAUCUGAAAAUAGAUAUUCAAUAUAUACACACAUAGAUACAUAUGUGCGUCAUCAAUUUUAUUUAUUUUUUUUUCCUUCAAACCACUAACCAAUGACGUACCUCCACAUGCUCUUGUUCAUAACAAAAUCAACCCCCCUUUUCUAAAUUCUAACACACUUUAAACCAAAAAAUCAACAAUUAAAAAAUACAAAAAUUACUCAAAUCAUUUAUAAACAUCUCAACUAUUAUUAUAAAUAUAUUUUUCAAAAAAAUUAAUUAUAAAUUACCUGUCAAAACAAUAAAAAACAAUAAUUAUAUUUUUCAUAAUUUUAAAUUUACCGCGCUUAGUUUUGAAAUAAAAUGGCGGCUUUUAUAUAUUUCAACCAAUCAAAAUAUAAUGCUGACAUUGUCGCUAGUGUACAGCUAGACAGUAGACACACAACAAUAAAAUGUAAUAUUUUUUUUUCAUCAUUUGAUAACAAAUUUAUAAUAAAACUCGCGGAAAAUCCAGUCAACUUUGCGUCGUCGUUGUGGUGGUUGUGUUAUUUUUUAUGUGUAUGUGUUAAUAAAUACACAUCAACAUAUACAUAUACACAUUAACAAUAAUUAUUUAAGUUAAAAAAAUCAAAAAAAAAGUACGUGUAAUAAUGACGUUUUAUCCGAAAAUUAGUCAAAUAAUAUUGUGAUAUUUUUUCUUCAUAUAAUUUCGAAAAUUUACUUGUAGAAAUUCUAGGCAUUUUUUUUUUUUCAAUGAUUCAUCAGUAAAAUUUUCAUUGACGCUUUCGGAGUGACUCUUUGGGUUUUUUUUUUUUUCCCAUCUUUUCAUUUAUUUUUUUAUUAAUUUUUUUUGUUAAAUAAAAAAAACGACGAUAAAGAAACAUAACCUUAAUAAUUCGUGGCCCGUAAUUCAAUUGUGACACGUUUCACCGCGAUUAAUUAAUCGACGAUAUUUUCAUUGUGUAUGAAAUAACAAAAUAAUUGAUAGCAACAAGAAAACAUAAAUAAAUAAAUCGAAGGCUUAAAUUAAUUUAGCCAUGGAGGACGGCCACGCUAAAACAGUGGACGAGGUGUUGGGAUUUUUUAAUUGUGAAUCUGAAAAAGGAUUAACACCAGAUCAAGUCAGGAGGAAUCAGGAAAAAUAUGGUCUUAAUGAAUUGCCAGCUGAAGAUGGAAAAUCCAUUUGGCAACUUGUACUGGAACAAUUUGAUGAUCUUUUAGUUAAAAUUCUUUUGUUAGCUGCUAUUAUUUCAUUCGUAUUAGCUUUAUUUGAAGAACAUGAUGAUGCAUUCACUGCAUUUGUUGAGCCAUUUGUUAUUUUGCUUAUUUUAAUAGCAAAUGCUGUUGUUGGUGUAUGGCAAGAAAGAAAUGCUGAAUCAGCAAUUGAAGCACUUAAAGAAUAUGAACCAGAAAUGGGUAAAGUUGUACGUGGUGAUAAAUCAGGUGUACAAAGACUUCGUGCUAAAGAAAUAGUACCUGGUGAUAUUGUUGAAGUAUCUGUUGGUGAUAAAAUACCAGCUGAUAUACGUUUAACUAAAAUUUAUUCAACAACAUUGAGAAUUGAUCAAUCAAUUUUAACUGGUGAAUCAGUAUCAGUUAUAAAACAUACUGAUCCAGUACCAGAUCCACGUGCUGUUAAUCAAGAUAAAAAAAAUAUAUUAUUUUCUGGUACAAAUGUUGCUGCUGGUAAAGCACGUGGUAUUGUUAUUGGUACUGGUUUAAAUACAGCUAUUGGUAAAAUUCGUACGGAAAUGUCAGAAACAGAAGAAAUUAAAACACCAUUACAACAAAAACUUGAUGAAUUUGGUGAACAAUUAUCAAAAGUAAUAUCAGUUAUUUGUGUUGCUGUAUGGGCAAUUAAUAUUGGUCAUUUUAAUGAUCCAGCUCAUGGUGGUUCAUGGAUUAAAGGUGCAAUAUAUUAUUUCAAAAUUGCUGUUGCUUUAGCUGUUGCUGCUAUUCCAGAAGGUUUACCAGCAGUUAUUACAACAUGUCUUGCACUUGGUACACGUCGUAUGGCUAAAAAAAAUGCAAUUGUACGUUCAUUACCAUCAGUUGAAACACUUGGUUGUACAUCUGUUAUUUGUUCAGAUAAAACUGGUACAUUAACAACAAAUCAAAUGUCUGUAUCACGUAUGUUUGUAUUUGAUAAAAUUGAAGGUAAUGAUUCAUCAUUUAAUGAAUUUGAAAUAACUGGUUCAACAUAUGAACCAAUUGGUGAUGUUUAUCUUGGUGGACAAAAAGUUAAAGGUAGUGAUUAUGAAACACUUCAUGAAAUGGGUACAAUUUGUAUUAUGUGUAAUGAUUCAGCAAUUGAUUUUAAUGAAUUUAAACAGGCAUUUGAAAAAGUUGGUGAAGCAACUGAAACAGCAUUAAUUGUUUUAGCUGAAAAAAUUAAUCCAUUUGCUGUACCAAAACAUGGUUUAGAUCGUCGUACAACAGCAAUUGUUGUACGUCAAGAUAUUGAAACAAAAUGGAAAAAAGAAUUUACACUUGAAUUUUCACGUGAUCGUAAAUCAAUGUCAAGUUAUUGUGUACCAUUAAAAUCAUCAAAACUUGGAACUGGACCAAAGUUAUUUGUUAAAGGUGCAACUGAAGGUGUACUUGAACGUUGUACACAUGCACGUGUUGGUGGUAGUAAAGUACCAUUAACAUCAACAUUAAAAAAUCGUAUUCUUGAAUUAACAAGACAAUAUGGUACUGGUAGAGAUACAUUAAGAUGUUUAGCACUUGCAACAUCUGAUCAUCCAAUGAAACCAGAAGAUAUGGAUCUUGGUGAAGCUAGUAAAUUUAUAACAUAUGAAAAAGAUUUAACAUUUGUUGGUGUUGUUGGUAUGUUGGAUCCACCACGUAAAGAAGUAUUUGAUUCAAUUGUGAGAUGUCGUGCUGCUGGUAUACGUGUUAUUGUUAUUACUGGUGAUAAUAAAGCAACUGCUGAAGCAAUUUGUCGUAGAAUUGGUGUAUUUACUGAGGAUGAAGAUACAACUGGUAAAUCUUAUUCAGGAAGAGAAUUCGAUGAUUUACCAUUGGCUGAACAAAAAGCUGCAUGUUCAAGAGCUAGAUUAUUUUCACGUGUUGAACCAUCACAUAAAUCCAAAAUUAUUGAAUUUUUACAAAGUAUGAAUGAAAUAUCAGCUAUGACUGGUGAUGGUGUUAAUGAUGCACCAGCAUUGAAAAAAGCUGAAAUUGGUAUUGCCAUGGGUUCUGGUACAGCUGUAGCUAAAAGUGCAUCUGAAAUGGUAUUGGCUGAUGAUAACUUUUCAAGUAUUGUUGCUGCUGUUGAAGAAGGAAGAGCCAUUUACAAUAACAUGAAACAAUUUAUUCGUUAUCUUAUUUCUUCCAAUAUUGGUGAAGUUGUCAGUAUUUUCUUGACUGCUGCACUUGGUCUUCCUGAGGCACUUAUUCCAGUACAAUUAUUAUGGGUUAAUCUUGUCACUGAUGGUCUUCCAGCAACUGCACUUGGUUUUAAUCCACCAGAUCUUGAUAUUAUGAAUAAACCACCACGUAAAGCUGAUGAAUCACUUAUUUCUGGAUGGUUAUUCUUCCGUUAUCUUGCUAUUGGUUUUUAUGUUGGUGCUGCAACUGUUGGUUCAGCUGCUUGGUGGUUCUUGUACAGUCCAUAUGGACCUCAACUUAACUACUAUCAAUUGACACAUCAUUUGGCUUGUAUUGGAGGUGGUGAUGAAUUCAAAGGUGUCAACUGCAAAAUUUUCACUGAUCCUCAUCCAAUGACAAUGGCACUUUCUGUUCUUGUUACAAUUGAAAUGUUGAACGCAAUGAACAGUUUGUCUGAGAAUCAAUCACUCAUUAGCAUGCCACCAUGGUCAAACUUGUGGCUCAUUGCCUCAAUGGCUCUUUCAUUCACUCUUCACUUUGUCAUUCUUCACAUUGAAGUUCUUUCGUCUGUGUUCCAGGUUACACCUCUUACAGUCGAAGAAUGGAUGACUGUUAUGAAAUUUUCAAUUCCAGUUGUACUUCUUGAUGAGACCCUGAAGUUCAUUGCCAGAAAAAUAACAGACGUUGCACCUGAAGUGAAAGCAAAGUAGACAUCUGUUAAACAUCGCAGUCUCAGCGAUAAUAAAACUACAUAAAAUAAAUCAAGAUUUAAAAAUUUAAAAAAUUUAAAAAAAAAAGUCCAAAAAAAAAAAACAUAAAAUAAAAUAAAUUACUAUACAUAAGAUUUAAAAAAAAAAAUUACUAUAAUUAAAAAAUAAAAAAUUAAAAUUAUAAAUAUAUAUAUAUUUAAAUUAAAUCCACAAAGAAAAAAAAAAAAUUGAUUUAAAAAAAAAAAAACUGGAGGAGAUAAGAAAAUAAAUUGAAUAAAAAAAAAAAAAUUAAAUAGAUAAAAUAAAAGUGUGAGUGUGUGGGAGUGAAAGAAUAGAAAUAAAUAAAAAAAAAAAAAACUAGUGAAGAAAAUAAAAUAGUAGAUGACAGUUUGUCUUGGAAAUACAAAUCUUUGGGGACAUUGAGAAAAAAAAUAAAAUACAUGAAAAAGAAGGAAAUCGAUUGAUAAAAAAAGCAAACACGAAGAAAAUAUAAAAAAAAAAAAAAGGGAUGUUCAGAUGCUGGUGAACGAUUACGUUGUUAUGGAUGAUUAUUUUUUUCGAUAAUGUACACAAAACACGUGCAAGACAACAACAACAACAACAACAACAAAAAAUACAUUUACCUUUUUUUUUUUUCAUUUUGUUUUUGAAUAAAAGAAAGAUCGAAUGAUUGUGCUAGAUAAUUUAUCAGAUGACACCUGGUUCUCAUUCUUCUUUUUUUUUUAAUUAGAAAAAGUAAUUGGCUGAAAUUAAAUUUAAAUAAACUUACACACUUGUUACAAAAAAAAAAAAAAACUAUUUUACAAAUGAAAAUUACAAAAACUUAAAAGACAUCGAAUAUUUAUUUUAUUUUUUUUUUGAAAUGUACUAAUACAUUUUGUAUAAUUUAUUGUGUUUAUGUUGCAGCUUAUGGUUUCGAAACUUGGAUUAAAUAAUACUUCGAGUGAAUCGAAAAGAAAAAAAAAUUAUUAAAAAUUUUAAAACAUAAUUUAAAAAAUGAUAAAAAAUAUAUUUCAUAAAGUAACUUGUUUUUUUUUACGAGUAAAAUAGUGGAGCAAGUGUUUAUUUUAUUUUUUUUCGAAACAAAUAUAAAACAUGUUUUUAAUUAUAAAAAAAUAUUUAAUUUGAUGAGUUAUAAAAACAUCUUCCUGAGCAACAAUCAACAUGCGUUAACAACACUAUCAAAUAAUAAUAAUAGUAAUAAUUAAUUGUCAUCAAAGUAUAAAUUAAUAAAAAAAAAAAAUUUCGAUAAGUAUUUCGUUUUUGAAAUAAUGAAUAUUUAAAAUAUGUAUAAAUUUUUUUUCAAAGUGUUUUUUUGUUAUUUAUUUUUUCCAAUUGUUUUAAAAAUUUUUUUUGUUUUUUUUUUUUAAGUAUUUAAAUUAGCAGUAUCGUAAAACAAAGUGGCAGGUUAAUUUGCAAAAGUUUGUUUUGGGAAAAGGGUAUGGAAAGGUGGUCUUUUGAUGAUGAAGAGUUGAUUGAUCAAUUGAAUACAAAGUGUGGGUUG